AUGGAUACGGCAGAAGAGGUUAUGGAGGAGCUGAUAAUUCAGCGAGUCAUACUCGCCUCCAUGGAAGAUCAGUCGUGGGAUGGUAUUGAAGUCGAGCGAGACGAGGUUGCACAAGAGAUCGAGCGCUUGAAGCGUCUGCAUAAAAGGCUAAAACAGGGACAGACACAAACUCUGGUUGACAACGAUGUUGGUCGGUCUGCCUCACAGGAGCAAUCUCCGCCCGGCUCGUCUAGCUCACAACCGCACUCGCAACCCAAAACACCUGUUGUUGCGGGAGGGCGCUCUGUCAAUAUGAAUCCACUGCAUGGACAGCACAACAUCGGGCUCAGCCCAUCACCAGUGUCUCUCCCAAGUAGGAAAAGAGAUCUUGGAGUGACAGACCCUUUUGCGAUGGACGGUCAGAAUAAGUCGAGGAGGACGACUCCGACCCCUGGCGGCAACCGGUUCUCUCCUCCUUCAAGAAUGGGCAGGGAGUCGAAUGGCACCGACCCCAUUGAUAUUAUUGAUCUCACUGGCGACGAUGUUGACUUCGAUUCCACCUUGAUCGCCCAACAAAUCCGACAGCAGAAUCGCCAAGAACAAGAGAAUCGAGACAGACAGAUGGCCAUGCAAAUUGCCAACCAACAUUCCGCCGCAUCGUCAUCGUCGCUGAACCAGCAUUCAGCCGGAUUUGACGCCUUUUCCAGAAUGAUGGCCACAGAACGAGCUAACCCUAGAGGACCAACAAACGGACAUUGGAACUCUCUCCCAGGCUCCAAUACUCAAACACCAGUGCCUUCUCAGGGAAUGAAACGGGCAUCGAUGCCGGGAUCCUGGGACAGCCCAAGUCCGUGGAAUGGACAUGCAGGCCCUCCUCCGACCACCCUGCCCAGUAACGCCUUUCAAGCUGUCGGCACACAAUCCUUUGGUGCUGCUGGUCAGGGCUAUGCAAGUCCCGGUGUUCCAAACCCGCAACGUCAUUCUCUUUUGCGAAACCAGUUUUCGAACCCGGGAUUGAGACAAGCUUUUUAUCGUGUCCCGUCACCAAAUCCAGCGUUGUAUGGUGUACCAUGGCACCCGAACCAUGGCCAUCUCAUUUCCAAUGUCAUUGAACGAACUAGCAUGAUCGAUUAUACAAAUGGCACAGAUGUGUUUGGAAAUCCUCUUCACAGUCGUUUAACCAAUUUUCUCAAUGGCGAUGGUGAUGAGACACCGAUGACGGCAAAUGAUUUGGAGGAUUUAUUGAAAAAUAUUCGUCCUGACAUAGACAUACCAGAGCACAAUCGAGGGGUUGGUCCACCAGGGCUAAGGUAUCCGCUCUACCGCCACCAAGAAGUCGCACUUACUUGGAUGAAACAAAUGGAAGAAGGUACUAACAAGGGUGGCAUCUUGGCCGACGACAUGGGACUGGGCAAAACCAUUUCUACUUUGGCUCUCAUGCUUGCCAACCAAGCCACAAGCAGUCCAAAGACAAAUUUAAUCAUUGGCCCCCUGUCGUUGGUCCGGCAAUGGGAAGAGGAGAUUUUGAAGAAAACAAAACUAGGACAUAGGUUGUCCGUAUUCGUGUACCAUGGGAAGAAGGCGACAACCGAUGAGCUCCUUAGGUACGAUGUGGUAGUCACCACCUACGGUACCUUGGCGCAGGAAUUCAAGCGUCGUGAGCAGUACAUUGAAGACAACAAGGGUAGGACCGAAAUUUUCAAUGACAAAUCAUGUGCAGUCAAGUUUCCCCUCCUGCAUCCAGAGAAAGCUGUUUUUCACCGCGUCAUUCUUGACGAGGCUCAAUGCAUCAAAAACAGAAAUACACAGGGGGCAAAAGCUUGCCACAGCUUGAAGGCGACAUACAGGUGGUGUCUGACUGGGACGCCAAUGAUGAAUGGCGUCCUUGAGCUGUAUUCCCUCCUGAAGUUCCUCCGCAUAAAACCGUACAAUGUUUGGGAGAGCUUUCGUGAGGCAUUUGGUGUUUUGUUUGGCCAAAAGGGCGAUCCUAAGCACAUGGCCAUGACCAAGCUUCGAGCCCUGCUCAAAGCAACCAUGCUGCGGCGAAAGAAGGACUCGGAGCUUGAUGGCAAGCCCAUUUUGCAACUCCCGGAAAAGAGGGAGCAUAUUGUGUAUGCAAAGCUAUCAGCGGAUGAGCAGGACUUUUACAAACAACUCGAGAAAGAUGCUCAAGUUUUGUUCAGCGCCUAUCUCCGAGAAGGAAGUAUCGGCAAGAAUUAUUCCAACAUUCUCGUUUUGCUCCUUCGACUUCGCCAAGCCUGCUGUCAUCCUCAUAUGAAUCUAGAUGUAGAUGAUGCGGUUAAUCCUACUACCGAUGCUGAGGUCGAGGAACUUGUGAAGAACUUGGAUGCAACUACUAUAAAGAGAAUCAAGGAGGUCAACGGAUUUAAUUGUCCCAUAUGCUUUGACGCGGUACGAACACCUUGGUUCUUGAUACCAUGCGGACACGACAGCUGCAAGGAUUGUCUGGCACGAAUAGUGGACGGUGCCGCCUCACAAAACGUCCGCGAAGGCAACGACAGCGACAAGGUUAAGUGCCAUGUUUGCCGUGGUAAAUUUGAACCCAAGAAGUGCUUCAAUUACGAAACAUUCAAAAAGAUCCACAUGCCGGAAACUGUGGACAAGACGGAAAAGAUUGAGCCGCCAGGCGAUGAUGAUUCAAGCGAUGGGUCAGAGGCAGAGUCCGGAGACGAAGAUGAUGCAGAUGAAGUUGACAGUAAGGGAAAUCUCAAGGGAUUCGUGGUCGAUGACGAAGAUGAACUUGCAGCUCUCGAUGACCUCAAAAAUGAAGCCUCUGCCAACUACCACAAGGAGCAAAAGAAGGAGCAAAAGAAGGCGAAAAAGGCUAAGAAAAGGGGCAAGGGCAAGGAGAAAAAACCAGACGUUAAGCCUUCAAUGCUCAAGAGCCUGCGUCUAGAGGCAGCCAAGAAUAUCGGAGCCUACAAGCGAUACAUGCGGUACCUGCGAAAGACAUGGAUGCCAGCGGCCAAGGUCACCGAAUGCAUGAGGCUGCUUAAAGAAAUCCAAGAAACAGGCGAAAAGACCAUCAUCUUCUCCCAGUGGACUCUCCUUCUGGAUCUGCUCGAGGUAGCCAUGUGGCAUGACAAGUUUCCCAUGAAGCCCCUCCGCUACGACGGCAGCAUGUCAGGAGACCAGCGCGCCACGGCAGCUAAAACCUUCCGCGACAAACCUGAGCACAAAGUCAUGCUGGUGUCCCUCCGCGCCGGAAAUGCAGGGCUUAAUCUCGUCGCUGCUACGCGCGUCAUCAUCAUGGAUCCCUUUUGGAACCCGUACAUUGAAAUGCAGGCCAUUGACCGAACGUAUAGAAUCGGGCAGAAGAGAGAAGUCGAGGUGUACCGGAUUCUGACGCAGGAGACGGUGGAGGAUCGUAUCGUGGCGUUGCAGAAUAAGAAGAAGGAGAUUGUGGAAGCAGCACUAGAUGAGAAGGAGAGCAUGAAGAUUGGUCGCUUGGAUGAGAAUGAGCUCAGGUUCCUGUUUACUGGGCAUCGUUGA